AUGUGGCAAUUGAUUGCAACGUUGUGUCAAACUGCAAUCAACACAACACUCAAUACUGUCGAACAAUUUGCUAAUUUUCCAUUAAUUGAUUCAAUAUUAUUAUCAGAAGAACUAUUGAAAGUGAAAAUACAGGCUACACUCGAUCAAUUAAGUCAAAUCUCAUCGGCAACUUUUAUUCGACCAUUAACACUCGUUCAUCGAAUCAUCCAAACAAAUGAGUUGAUUACAAGUUUAUCUACUAAUUACAUUGCUAUAACGGAAGAAUUUGGGUUGAACGAUGUUAUAUACGAUGAUGAUAUGUUAACUUAUUCAGGUAUAUUUGGAAUUCGAUAUGUACUGGAUGAAACAAGAACAAUAUGUACUUGUAAAAAUAAUGGUUCAUGUCCAAUACCUGCAAAACUUUAUCUAUAUGAUAUGUAUGAAAAAUAUGGACUUUAUGAUUUAAAUACAAUAAAUGCUAAUGCAACAAUUUCGGGUACGUGA